CUGGCUUGCUGAAGAAACCAUUUGGAAAAGACCGUGAAAGCAAGAAGAAGAAGGGUCAUUUCAGUUCUUUUGCGGCGGUGAUUAAUAUUAGUUUGAUUAAUGGUUUAUGAUUGUUUUAUUGAACGCGUUAGGUUUUAUUUACAUGGCGGUGGGAUGAAGUAACAGGAAGCGCUCGCCGUACCUUCAGCUGUUUUUAGCCGCGAAGGCAUGUUGUUUGAGAACAACCUGAAGCUGCUGCGGAUGUGCGGCAGAAGUGUGUGUGAAGGACUGCUGAUCCAGAGAGCACACAAACACAAGACAGCCCAGCUCUCCGAGAAAAAACUGAGCCGCUAUUUCGUGGAUCAUCGCAGAGUGAAGGUUGUGGCGGGAUCGGGCGGUAAUGGAGCCUCCACCUUCCACAGCGAGCCCUGGAAAGAGUGGGGAGGUCCAGAUGGGGGGAAUGGAGGUGCUGGAGGAGACAUCAUCAUCAGAGUGGACCGGCAGGUGAAGUCACUGUCAUCUGUGUCAACAGUGUAUCGUGGGAAAGAUGGAGAGGCAGGAAGCAGUAAAAACCGCUUCGGACGCAAUGCCAGCCCCACCUACAUCACAGUUCCUCUGGGAACCAUUGUAAAAGAAGAGGGUGCGAUGCUGGCGGACCUCUCGCUCCAUGACCAGCUGUACACCGUGGCGUACGGAGGUUCCGGCGGGAAGGGGAACCGCUUCUUCCUGUCCAAUGAGAACAGAGCGCCGUUGACGGCCACGUCCGGAGAGAAGGGCCAGGAGCGAGUGGUUCAGCUGGAGCUGCGCACCAUGGCCCACGCCGCACUGGUUGGCUUUCCAAACGCAGGCAAGUCAUCUCUGUUGCGAGCGAUCUCUAAUGCCCGACCAGCUGUGGCCGCGUACCCCUUCACCACACUCAAGCCUCAUGUGGGCAUUGUCCAGUACAGAGACCACCAGCAGGUGGCAGUCGCUGAUAUUCCUGGGCUGAUUCCUGGAGCUCAUCUGAAUCGCGGGCUUGGCGUCUCUUUCCUGCGGCACAUCGAGCGCUGCCGUGUCUUGCUGUAUGUGCUGGAUAUGUCGUCUGCAGAGCCCUGGGAACAAUUCCAGCAGCUGUGCUUCGAACUGGACCAGUACAAACCUCAUCUGUCCCACAGACCUCAUGCUAUCGUGGCUAACAAAAUGGACCUACCAGAAGCCAGGCAGAACCUGGAGGCUCUGAAGGAGCGUGUCCAGCAGACGGUCAUUCCUGUGUCUGCGCUGUCAGGAGAAAACACUGGAGAGCUGAUCCUGCACCUGAGAACCAUGUAUGACAGCUACCCUCGAGACAGCAGUCAGUCAUAACUGCUUAUAGAAAAGCACUUGUGGCCGUUAACGGGAUCAGAGAGCUAAACAUUAUGCAGGUUAAUACGAGACUACUGUUGUCAUCACGUCACUUGUGCUUAAAGGAUUAGUUCACUUUCAAAUGAAAAUUAAGCCCAAGCUUUACUCACCCUCAAGCCAUCCUAGGUG